UCUUGGUAACAAUAAUAUUGGAAGCGAUACAGGUGAAAUAAGGAAAAUCGAUUAUUGUCGCACCGUAGACUUAAUUAAACCUUUCCGCUUUGUACAUCACUUUCAGAUAAUGGCCACACAGCGAAUGUUGACCAUAGUCAAGAUGACAAUUCCAACUCUGAUAAUGUGGAGAAAGGUAGAUAGUUUUCUUUUUAUACCAUGGAGCUAGUAGAUGAUUUUCGUUAAAGAUUUAUAUAAAAAUUUAGGUCAUGAUAUUUCUAGCACAGUUUGCCCACAAUGUAGCAGGCCAAGACUAUACUGUCAUUGCUCGACAAAUCAUAAUGCGACGUAUUUUUGGCAGGAAGAUAUUGCAUCCUCAUCCUCAUCAAAUAGUUCUGAACGCUCAAUCACUCCACCACCCACUCACUUUAAUAUUCCAGUAUCAACAACUUCAUCUCCACUAACACCAUUAACAAGUCAACUAAUUCCUCACAACACAUCCAAGUAUAACCAUCACGAUACAGGAAUCGUGUCUACUACAACGGCAACGACAGCGACAAGUGCUACUGCUGCCUUACCGUCCAUCCAUAGCAUAGCUCGAUUAGUAUCUCCGUCUUCAUCACUUACACCUACUACUAGUACUAUGGGUUACAGCAGCAACAACAAUGGUAUACCAAACAAUCGUUUGCAAGUACGUCACCUGAUAAUACCAAUCCAUGAUCCUUCCGAUGAUAUUGAUAGUGAUACACCUAUAUAUAAAUCAAUGGAGGAGAGUCAUGGAAAUUUAGGCGAAUUUGCAAACAAUAGCUCUGAGGAGCUCAUUCAUCAAAUUUACAACAAUUUCAACUCCUCCAAUUCAUCAGCUUCCUCCCCGUUACUGACAGAAGAAGACGAUAAACUGGUAGAAUUGGCAAGAGACCCUUAGAACGAUGCUGGCAUUGUGACAUAUGAUUAUGAUGUUAUAUGCACGAGACUUUAUUACUAUUCUUUCUAAUAUUUUCUCAACUUGCAUUAAUAUCAUCAUUAUCGUCAUCUUCUUGUUCGAUAUAAUCUAAUUGCUGUGGUUCACCAUAAG